CCAGCAACUUUUUCCCAUCACCAGGUGCACCCCAUCACGCCGGCAGGACAGACAUCUCCUGCUCUUCAGACACGUACGUCAAUUCCCCAGACGAUCAUUGCAGACUUGCUAUUUGGAUUGAUACUGACGAGCUCUUUCAGGAUGCCACCGAGGUUACCACAACAGGCCGCUCGCGCCCUGCGCAGGCUGGCGACGACUUCAACCCCCAUCACACGAUCCUUCACCACCACGACCUCCUUCCUCGCCGCCCCGGCUGCCGCAAGCCUCCGUCUCCCCGCCGACUAUGUUCCCGCGACGAAGCCUCCCUCCGCCCGUCCUCCCGAAACCCGCAAGUCCCAGCUCAUCAGGACCUACACCUCCCUCCUCCGCACGACGCCCCUGAUCCUCUUCUUCCAGCACAGCAACCUGACGGCAGACGAGUGGUCCGCCGUCCGCCGCGAGCUCAACAGCGCCCUCGUCGCCGCCACGCCCGCGGGAACCAACAGUCCCCUCGACGGCCGCGAGGUCCACCUCCAGGUCCUGCGCACGCGCAUGUUCAACGUCGCGCUCAAGCUGGCCGAGUUCUACGACCCCGAGGUCGCCAAGGCCAAGGCCGGCACGCGGACGGGGCCCCGCGGACCCUUGGUACACGAUCUGAGUAUGGCGGCCUACGAGGCGAUGAAGGAUUUCGAGGUCCCUGAGGACUCGGCGUACGCGCAGAUCUCGCCGCUGCUGUGCGGUCCCACGGCGGCGCUGGUCUUCCCCGCCGUCUCGCCCGCACACCUCGCGGCCGCGCUCAAGAUCCUGGCGCCGGGCCCGGGCAAGUUUGCGGCGCCGCCGAGGAAGAAGAACCCGGGGUACUACGAGCCCCUGUGCCAGAGCGCGCUGCAGAAGCUGCUGCUCGUCGGUGGACGGGUCGAGGGCGAUGUGUUUGACGUUGAUGGCGUCAAGUGGGUUGGUGGUAUCGAGGGUGGUCUCGAUGGCCUGCGGGCGCAGCUUGUGCAUAUGCUCCAGAGCGCUGGAUUGGGUCUUACUACUGCUCUUGAGGGCGGAAGCAAGAGCCUUUGGUUGGCGUUGGAGGGCCGGAGGACGCAGUUGGAGGAUGAGGGGAAGCCUAAGGAGAGCGCGAGCGCGGAGGAGACAAAGUCCGAGUAGAGGGAUGCGUGGGAGGAUGGUGUAUGAUAGUGCUGUAAAAGUCUGUAUUAUCACGGG